AAGAGCCCUAAAGCACCCCCCCUUGAGGGUAUGAAGUCUAAUCCCUCCAAACGGCAUCGAGACCGGCUCAACCAGGAGCUGAACAGGCUGACUGACUUGCUGCCCUUGCCUGAAGAUGUACGCACCAGGCUCGAUAAACUCUCCAUCCUCCGACUGGCUGUGGGAUACCUGAAGGUGAAGAGCUACUUCAUGGCCACUGGGACGGACAUUGGCAGCCACAUGCUGGAUCAGCCCAAGGCACUAGAAGGGAAUGGAUGGACAUAUCUGCAAGCCAACAGGGCAUCGUUUCCAGAAGGGGACCUUCUGCUCCAGGCAUUUAAUGGCUUUGUCAUCACUGUGACUGGAGAUGGCUACAUCUUCUAUGUCUCCCCUACAGUGCAGGACUUCCUGGGGUUUCAUCAGUCAGACCUCAUCUACCAGAGUGUGUAUGACCUGAUCCACACAGACGACAGAGCCACCUUCUGCCACCAGCUCCACUGGGUCUUGAACCCUCCUGCAACCAGCUGGGCCAAGUACACUGCCGAUGCCAUGCCUAUGGGCCAGACUCGGCCAGACGGAUACAGUGCCAUGUAUAGCCCCCAGCACCUCCCCCCUGAGAACACCUCCUUCUUGGAGAGGAGUUUCAUCUGUUGUUUCCGCUGCUUGCUGGAUAAGUCCUCGGGAUUUCUGGCCUUGAAUUUCUGCGGACACUUGAAAUUGCUUCAUGGGCAGCAGAACAGGACAUCCAGUAGGUCCCUGGUGCUUCCCCACCUGACUCUCUUUGCCAUUGCAACUUCCCUCCAGCCACUUUCGAUCCUGGAGCUUCAGACCAAGACCUUCAUCUUCCAGACAAAGCACAAGCUAGACUUCACUCUGACUGCCUGUGAUUCCAGGGCAAAGGUUGUGCUGGGAUAGACAGAAACAGAGCUGUGUAUGAAGGGAUCUGGAUACCAGCUCGUGCAUGCAGCUGACGUGAUGUACUGUGCAGAGAACCACGUGAGACUGAUGAAGACAGGGGAGAGCAGCGUGAUAGUUUUCAGGCUACUGACCAAGAAGGCUGGCUGGGUCUGGAUCCAGGCCAAGGCCAGGCUGGUGUACAAAGGAGGCCAUCCUGACUGCAUCAUAGCCAGACAGCGAGCCCUCUCAAAUGAAGAAGGGGAGGAACAUCUGCAGAAGCGGAACCUGCAGCUGCCUUUUAGUUUUGCUACAGGGGAAGCAGUUUUAUAUGGGAAUGACCUUCCUGAUUUACUGGAUUCCUUCCAGACUAAGGAGUUGCAGACAAAUAAAGACUCCCACAUGCAGGAGUGUUCAGUAGACCCCAGCUCUCUUCUUGAGGCCAUGAAGAAGCAGGAUGCAUCUAUGUACGUCUCUCAAGCUGAUAACGUGCCGUAGUUCCCCUUGGCAGGUCUCAUCAAUGAACUUGAUGGGCCAGGCCAGGACGAGAAAGCCAGUGAUGCCAAGGAUGGCAGCGACUCCCUCCUGGUCAUCAUUGAAACCCUCUUUGAGAAAAGUGAGGUGGAUGGGAACAUCUGCCAGACCCUCCAGAACCUCGAUGUGGACAACAUGGAGCUGCAGCAGUGGGAGGAGACUCUGUUUGGCUUGGGUGCAGAGGAGCCGACAUCUCAGAACAUUAGUGAGAGGCUGGACAGUGGGGUGAACUCCUGCAUGGAACAGAUGCUGUUCAGGAAGGACACUGGGAAGAGCACGGACUUCCUGCACUGCAGUGAGGAAAGCAGUCCUGCAGCUCUCUGGGCAAUUAAUUCAGCAGCUCCUGCACCCCUGGGGUUUCAAACACCACUGCAGCGUCAGGCACCUGAUGCACAAGACCAAGAUACUGUGGUCUCUCUUGUCUCCAUUAUGUCCGAGGGCAGCUCUGCUCAACCCAAACAGCAGGUCCCGUUUAACCCAGCUGGGCUCAGGGGAGGAACCACCCCAGAUACCUCAGGCUCCUGCAGCAAGCCCUCUUUAACAGGUCAGCUGGCAAACUCAGGACAGUUGUUUCAGCGAGAAGGUACCAGCUCCCUUCCUGCAAACAGCAUUGUUCCUAAAAAUCAAAGCCAGACAGGGUACGAGCUGAUGGGCUCAGGCUGUCCACUUCCAUUGGAUUCAAAUGCACUAGUGACUCAAUGGCACAAUACUCCAGUCCUGGCAAACCCAGCCAAUGCUUUGAGGCAGAGCAUUGCUCCAGGAGAUUGCCCAUCAGAAGCUUGGGUGACUGCGGCUCCAAAGCUGGGAGCAUCAGAAAUGCAGAUGGAGUCACAGCAAACUGCUCAGGCCAGUAGCCAACAGAGCAUGCUUGGCUCACAGAAUCACAGAAUCACAGAAUCGUUUAGGUUGGAAGGGACCUCUGGAGAUCAUCUAGUCCAACCUCCCU